UUUCGGUCCGACGCUACCUUGAUGCCGAUGAUAUUCACUUGUUUGUGCACCGGCCGGCAGUCGUUUGAAAGCGUUUGUGGGAAGCGGUCGUAGCUGGCGCUGCCCGUCUACGUCACUGCGUGAAACGAGUUCUGUGUUUUUUCUUCGCGGUUCUUCGGUUCUUUGUAACUGAAAAGUUUUUUCGGUUUCCGGUUAAAAUAUGUGCGGGUUGUAGUGGAGUGAAGGGUUCAGAAGGGAUUAUUCAUCGGGAGAGUUUAUGCUGUACCUCAUGACGCCGCCGCCACAUCCCAUUCGCAAACCGAAAAGCGACGAUGUGACGUCCUUACGCAACAACAUGAUGUAAAUUCGCUUAGUUGGAGCGAAAUUUCUGCUGUCGGACGAAAACCAGCCGGAAGCCUUAUCUUUCGCCAUUUCCUUGGUUGGAACUAGUCACUUUUCGAGAAGACCGCUUUGCCGAGAAAAAUGGAACAGGAAGAGGACGUUGUGGACGCGGCUCUUUUCUGCAAGGCCAUGAACAACAAGAAAGUCCCCUCGAUCGAGGCGCUGAACAGCGAGAUGCCCGGAAAGGGGCUGCAGAAGGAGCGGGGGCGCAAGAUGCUCAAGACGUUUCUGAACCGGCUGAGGCUGAAGAAGACGGCGAGUGUCACGAUCUCGAGGCCGGAUCCGACUUAUCGGGUGGCUUAUCUGGGGAACGUCGUCACAGGAUGGGCGAAAGGUGACGGUUGUGUGGAGAAGCCGUUAGCGACCUUAUGGCGGAACUACACGCAAUCCUCCCGUCCCGACGUCCGCAUGCAGUUAACAGUAAGCAGCGGCGGCCUCAAGGCGACCACCAAAGACCACGGACUCACCGAAUACUGGGCGCACCGCCUCACCACCUGCGCCGCCCCCGCCCAGUUCCCCAGACUCUUCUGCUGGGUGUACCGCCACGAAGGACGCAGACUGCGCCACGAGCUGCGCUGCCACGCCGUCCUGUGCUCGUCUUCAGCGGUCGCCAAACAAAUAGAAGCAGAACUGAAGCAAAGUCUAGCCCUGGCUCUGGCGGAGUUCAAGAGGGACAAACUGUCCAAGCAGAACGCGCGACUGUCGCUGGUGAACUCGGUGUACGAGAACCCCACCAUCCCCAGGAGGAAGAUCCUAUUGAGCACGGGCUGCCACAACUACAAGCCGCCGCUGGAGCGCUCGAAGUCCGCGCCGAAGUUGACUAGCAUCGAGGAGAUCCUGGAGGAGGAGGAGGACGUGGUGGAGACCACCAAGUACAAGAAGAUCUUGCGGCACUAUGACAGCACGAGCGCGUUGUUGGACAAGCGGAAAGCCAUCCUGCGGCGGCUGCAGACGUGCCCGUCGGACGUGGAGCCCGUCCUCGAGGACUGCGACGACGCUCCGGUCAAAGAAAAGGAGCAGAAGGUGAACUUCAGCGAGGACAUCAUCGAGCUGACGCUCGACGAGAAAAGCGACCUCAUCCUCGAGGAGCUGGUGCAGAGUUCGCUCCGGAACGACCUGCUGGAGUCGUGCGAGCGGGCUUGGUUCAACGCGCUGACCGACAAGCCGGACUUGAUCCCCCCGGACAGCGACGAGGGGUCGCUGUCGAGCGGCUGCGAGUCGGCCAGCACGGUCACGUCGGACUUGGACCAGCAGGUCUUUCCGACGAUCGCGGAGGACCUGGAGUUCGUGGAGGAGGAGGAAUCGAAGCCAAACAAGAACAAGACUGAUGUAGAUUUCAAAGUAGGGGGGUGCGUGCUGGCGAGGGUGCGGAGUUUCGAGAGGAUCAACACGGAUAUUUUGAAAUAUUGUGGACUGAAUUACGGGAGUAAUGGGAGUAAGAGCAUCAUCGGGAGCGAGGAGGUGUCGCUGAUCCCGGUGGGGGAGAGUCAGGCGGAUUUUAGUUCCUUGAAGGUGUUCAAGAAGCGGAAUUCGGUGGAGGCGCAGGGGAAGGAGGUGUGCGGGUGCGAGAGGGACGGGGAGGGUUCGGAGGGGGAGAACGAUAGUGCGUGCAGCGACGAGAGCGGGUACGAGGAGGAGGAGAUUAAUAGUUCGGUGGCCAAUAUUGUUUUAGUGUAGGGGGGGUAAGUUAUUGAGGAGUGGGGUAGGCCCUUGUAGAACUGGUUUUAGUUUACUUAUUGGUAAAGUAAAAAUCAAGUUGUUGAUAUUUUUAGGCGUAGAUUGUAUAUAGUGUAUAUAGUUUACAGAAUAUGAUGUGAUUUUUGUUGUGUAAUGUGUUACCAAUUUUUAUGGUGUAUUGUUACGCUGUUGUAGAUCGGGUGCACAUUCUUUAUUGUACCUCACUUCAGACAAAGUAAUUUAUAUUGAACUAGUUAUUGUUAAAUAUUUGACAAUGAUAAUUAUGUAUUAAAUAAACAAGUUUCCGACA